AAGUCUCUCAGGCUGGGGUCCCCUGGGGCCACCAGGAACCAGCUUGCCCCCAGUCCACCCCCACCCCACUCUCCAAGAGAGGGUGCAGGAGAGAAUGGGGUCCUGCACCCUCAGUUUCCAGAAGACGCUGGUACAGACACAGCGACUUGGGAGACUGUCCUCUCCCACCAGCCCAGCAACUUACACUCCUUUCUCUGAUGGUCCUUGAGGGUGAGCGUGACAGGGUGAAAACGGUGGGUGCAUGGGAGACAGACCCCUGGGGGUGGGAUGGAGCGCCCACUCAGAGGGAGUUACAGGCUUUGAGCUUCUCCAGGUGAGAGCUGCCCGGCCAGUGGGCCAGGGUGGGACUUAGGCUUUGUGCUGACAAGCUGCAAGCAGCUGUGGCUGUGUGACCAGCAGGGGGUGCUGUGCACCUUGGUGUUUGAUCUUCCAUUCUCUGUAUGGAUCUGUGAGCUCGCAAAGACUUGUACAUUCACGUGUGAGCACACACACGCAAACCCCGCACAUCUCAGGUUUGGGGCUUACCCUUAGUCGUACCCAAGGGGCUGCUGAGUUUCCUCUGUGCGUUUAUCACCUUCCAUCAGCAUAGAAGCGCUCACCCACACUCAACAUCCACCCCCCCCCCAUCACUUGCACAGGGCCACUCUGGUACCAGACCUAGGAGCCUGGCUCUGUAUGUUCUCAGAAGGCACACACACACUCUCACUGCCCAGGAGCCUCAGUCACCUGUAUGACCCUCUGCUCCACCUGAAGGCUGAACCCAGGAGGAGCCUCCAUUCUCCUGUAGGACAUAUCCUCACUGGCCCCACCUCCCCAGGGGCUGCCAGUGUCCACCAGGUAAGAAGGUAGAUGUGAUGGUGGGAUUAAGAGAUGGAAGAGGACCCCCCCCAUCUUCCCCAUGUCCACUCUCAACAGAUACCCCCAUAUCUGUCGAGAGUGGACAGAUGGUUGCUAACCAGAUGGAUGGACAGGAAGAAGGUGGGCUGGGAAGAUUACAUCUCCUGCUCCUCGCUGAGCCUCUGUUUCCUCAUCUGUUAAGUGUGGAUGGAGAUGUCAAUCCUCUUUAUCUUUCCAAGUUUUGUGGGAUCUGUCAGAUAAUGCAACAGAAGCCACCUUGAAUCCCUUCCCUUUCUGUCAGGUUUCAUUCUCCCUCCUCUUCUCUCCUUCCUCUCCCUCUGGCUCCUCCUCCCUUCCUUUAGCCCUGAGAGCAUCUCAGCCAGAGCUCUCAUCGCCCCUGUGCACAGUCCCAUACACCUUCCAGAGAAGAUGCCCACCCCACCAGCCUGGGAAGCCCAGAGACGUGCCCUAGGCAGCCAGCCGUGGGGCCUUGGCCACAGGCCUCUGCACAUGAUCAAAAGCUGGCUCAGCAUCAGAGCCUGGUACUGACUGGGUCCAGGAAGGAGCUGGCUGGGGCAGACAAAUCCAGGGCCAGACCAAGCCCCGGCCAAUGGUCACUUGGCCUCAGGGGGUGAAGGGCCUUGCCCCAGACCAGGCAGGGCCCAGGAGGAUCUGUGCAAGGCUAGCUUGGGUCAGGGGCUGACCUGCAUUUAGUCCUCUCCACCUCCAGGACCUGGAGCCAGAACCACAGAUGUUUAUAAAGAAGCAGCCCGGAGAAAGGGAGAGGUGAGAACCGCGGAUGAGACUGGGAAUGCCAAGAGACGGCACUGGAGCUCAAAGGGAGGCAAGGGCACGAGGGACGGCCUGACUGACACAGGAGAAGCACUGCCUCCUCUUCAAGGCCUGAGGGACGCUGCUGAGGACAUGGGGCAGCUGUCGGUGAGUUUGUGGCUGGCGAGGCAGGAGGAGAAGUCUGACGGCGUGGCCUUCUAGGUGAAACAGGAGACCAGGCGACUGCGGAGAGGAAAGCCAGGGUGAGCCGCGUGCCUGAAGAGAAGGGGAACGAUUUGAAGCAGGCCUCAGGAGAACAGGUAAGGACUGCUGAGCAGAGCGGAGACCCCUGCUGAGGCCGGAGACCAUGGACUUGCCGUGGCAGCAGUCUACACGGCUGGACGAUUUCCUCCAGCAGUUUCUCAGCUGCACAGAUGCGGGGUGCAGGGGGUGCAGAGGAGGAGAGUGAGAAUGCAGGGAUGUGGCUGAGGGGUCCCCAGGGAGGGGAUGGAGAGCACAGGGCAUGAGAGAGGUGAGAAGCCAGGGCAUCUGGCUGGAUCUGUAGAAAGGGCUCUCCAAGAAGAGGGGAGACUGUCCUCCAAGGAGAGACCAACACAGGAUGUUCCAGAACCACUGGCCAUUUGAUGUGGCCAGAGAGUAAGAGACGAGGCAAGGAGUGGGGAGGCGAGGCAGGAGGAGCAGGGACUGGCUCCCAGAGGGCCUUGGAAGCAGGCGCGGAGCUUACAGAGGGGAAGGGAGGCUUUGAAGAGAUUUUAGCAGGGGAGCAGCAUGAUCAGAUUUGCAUUUUAGCAAGAUCACUGGGGCUGCAGUGUGGAGAAUUGAUUAGAACAGAGCGAGGGAGCAAGCAGAGAGACCAGUUAAAGGCUGUAGGGCAGCAGGGGAUGUGAGAAGAGGGCACAGUCAAGAAGUAUUUACGAUUCAGCAUCAGCAGACUUGAUUUUAUUGGAUGGGGGUAGGAGAGAGAGGGGGGUCAAGGAUACUUGCCAGGUACCACCACCUGAGCUGAAGAAAGCAGGGGUGCGUUUGCCUGAGGUGAGAUGGGGGCAGAGGGAGAAGGGGGGAGCCUGUUUUAAGACAGGUUUUGUUUGAGGAGCCCAAGGCCAACAAGGGAACAUCUACUGGGCGGUAGUUAUGCCCAGGGGUGAGGUCAGGGCACCCAGAUGUGGUUAUUUUAAUAGCAUAGGGAAGCUUCUUCUUAGGGAGAGAGGGGUGUUUUCCUUUGUUAGGGAAAAUGUCUUGAUAUGUUGGUAAAAGGGGAACGGUGGGGGCUGUUCUUUUGGGCCCAAAUAGCCACAAAAAAUGGUUGAACUGAAUGAGAAAUGACGGGAAUGUCUUUGACCCUGAGAGGAAGAGAGCCCAGAAGUGAGGGGCUGAGAAGGGAGGGGGAUGCAGGAAAGGCAGAGGUGGGAGCAGUGGGUGAAGGGCCCGUGGACAUUCCCGGUGGUGGGCAGCCUGCAGCCGUUUUAAGAGCAGAGGCACAUGAUGGCACGCAUGUAAUCUGAUGUGGUUUGAUGAGCUGUGGAAUAAACCCUCCUCCACCUGCCCCCUGCGAACCCCCACAGAUGUCUUCGGUAAAGUUUAUUCUAUUCACAGCUGCUUUCUGCGAGGGGGGCUGUAGGUGGCAAUGAAGGGGAGAGCUUCAUUUCACAUCUGGGUUUAUGGGGUGCAGACUUGCAUCAGCAUAUUUGGAAGCAGAGCCUGGGGGCAGAGGGGUCCAGAACAGGAACCCCCGAGGUGGGCCUUGGGCUCCGAGGGCUGUGGCCCCAGGGGUCUGAGUGAUCUUGCUCUAAGCUGACCCCUGGGAUGUGAGUUUCCUUGAACCCCACGCCCCAGCUGCUCCUUCGCCCACAGCCCUCAGGCAGGGCUCUGCCCGCAGCACUAGUCAGGCCUGCCUGGCCUUGGAAAAUCUCCUGGGGGUUCCAGCUCAGUGCCCAGGCCCCCCACCCCCACCCCAAUCUUUCAGGUAAACUCAGGGUGGAGCGGGCAUGGGAGUCCCGCCCCCUCACCAUCCGCACCCCUCCCGCCCUCCCAGACACACAUAACCUCGUCCGCCUGCUCCCUGCCAGUCUGACUGGCCUGUGCCUUGUGAUGGCAGAGAAGCCUACCGAGAGUGGGUCAGCCGGGGUCAUCCAGAGACCAGAGGCCAGUGGAGACCGGGAGGCGCAGAGACAGGGAAACAGAAGAGGCCCCGGAGCAAAAGAGGCGAUGGCCGAGGGACCGGGGCCUGGACCCAGUGGGGGCCAGGCGGGCUGCGGCUGGGCCAGGGUGCUGGUGCGCCGGCUCUGGACAGCUAUCUGCAGGGCGCUGUUUGCCGAGUUCCUGGCCACGGGGCUGUACGUGUUCUUCGGCGUGGGCUCGGCUCUGCGCUGGCCCUCGGCACUUCCCUCUGUGCUGCAGAUUGCCAUCACCUUCAAUAUGGCCACGGCCGUAGCAGUGCAGGUCUCGUGGAAGGCCAGCGGGGCCCACGCCAACCCCGCCGUCACACUGGCCUUCCUCGUGGGCUCCCACAUCUCUCUGCCCCGAGCAGUGGCCUAUGUGGCUGCCCAGCUGGCGGGGGCCAUCGUGGGGGCCGCUCUGCUUUAUGGGGUCACGCCAGGGGACAUCCGAGGCACCUUUGGGAUCAACGUGGUCCGGAGCAGCAUCUCGGAGGGCCAAGCUGUGGCAGUGGAGCUGGUACUGACCCUGCAGCUGGUGCUCUGUGUCUUUGCGUCCACCGACAGCCGUCAGACAUCUGGCUCCCCGGCCACCAUGAUUGGGAUCUCUGUGACAUUGGGCCACCUCAUUGGGAUCUACUUCACCGGCUGCUCCAUGAACCCAGCCCGCUCCUUUGGUCCUGCCGUCAUCAUUGGGAAGUUCACGGUCCACUGGAUUUUCUGGGUGGGACCCCUGACGGGGGCCAUCCUGGCUUCGCUGAUCUACAACUUUAUCCUGUUUCCCGACACCAAGACCCUGGCCCAGCGGCUGGCCAUCCUCACGGGCACUGUGAAGGAGGACAAAGUGGUAGGGGUGGAGCCCCAGGAGAGAGAAUCCAAGCCCACUGAAGGGAACACCGAAAUGGAGUGCGUGUGCCAGACGGCAUAGACCUUGGACCUUGGCCCUCCCAGGCCUGCAGCACACCUUGUAUGGCCUGACUUCAGAUUUUGCUGGGGGGCUUUGCAAGAGAGGACGAAGAAGGCUGGCUCUUGUCCCAGCAGGAUUGGUGGGGGUGAGGUGCCAAUCCCUGUCCCUGCACUCCAUUUCUAAAUAGCAUCUGGAGGGUGUACCUGUCCAGUUCCCUCCUCGUUGGCCUUCCCCAUCUCUCUGUAGGACAGGGCAGAGAGAGGCAGGGAAAUCGUGAUUGCCUUGCCUUCUCUCAACCAAAUGGACCCCAGCAGGAGCCCUAGGCCUUCACGUCCCCAUGUCCUGGGGUAAGAAGAAUUGGAGCCCAGAGAGCCACUCUGCUAAGAAACUGAUGGCUAUAGGGACAUCAGGGAACCUCCACUUCUCAUCCCACCUUGGGGAGGGAGGUCCAGGGCUCCCAGAAGAACCAGGCCCUGGGAUGGUCUACCGAGCUCCUCAGGGGCACUUCUCUGCCCUUAGGUGUGGUUCAGGGGCUAUGGCUCCCCCAUCAGACUGGGGGCUUCCUGAGGACAGGGACUGCUCUCCAAGUAGAUGGUCAUUCCUCACCCCUCCAUGCACUCAGGACCGGACCCUGACCUCGGGAAGAGCUGACACAGAGAGGAACCUGCUCUUGGCUGCCGGAGGGACCAGAUGUGGGGUCAGACAGGCCUUUUCCAGGGCGGGCUUUUGCCAGCUUUUGCCCUGCCUCCCACCCUACAGUCCCACU